AUGGCGGCUACGCGGCCGAUGAUGAGAGCGGCUGCCUGUGCCCUGGCCGCCAAACAUUUGCACCGGCUCUGCCAGGGGGAUUCCGUGCGGAUAUCUCAGCUCCCUCACCUGCGCAAAACCCCGCUGCAGUGGACAAUUAGAGCUAUCGAUUGGAAGUACGAAUCCGUGCGGCUCUACGACCAGGCUAUCCACCACCUGAAAGAAGCCAUUGCACUGGAAAUCCCCGAUGAUCGGCGCGAGGAGAUGUUCGCCGUGGUCGCGAUCCUCUGCAUGUAUGAGCUGAGCGAUGCCCCCAGCACCGAGUGGCGGGCUCACCUUAGCGCUCUGCCCUUCCUGUACUGCGGCAGCCCUGAUGCCUGGAGUUCGACAGAGACGCUGCCUGAUUCCCUGCUGCAAAUUCCGCGCUCCGUGUUUUGGAGUCUCUACCGGCAGGACUGUCUCUCCGCAUUCAUUAACGAGACCCAAACCCGCCUGGAUCUCUCCGACCUCAUCCUCUGGCGCAAUUUCGGCCUGAGCAUCUCUUCAUACGGCCACCUCUUGCCCCCGUCGACUGCACCCACCACCCCUGCCAUCCCCUCGGCCUCCCCUUCCCCUCGUAUCUCCUCCCCAGCUUCCUGGCUCAACGAAGACACGCUCAGCAACGCUCUCAUCUGGCUCACCGGCAAGAUCAUCAACUACAUCACCAGCGGCGACGGAAUCAACCCAGGCGACUACGAAAGCCCCCCAGACCAACGACCAUCCUUCGGCACCACGCAAGAGGAUCUGCUGAAACGAUGGCAGCGACUCGACUUCGAGCUCCGCGCCUGGCACGACACCCUGCCAGUCUCUUUCACUCCCUGCGCGCGGACCCGUCUGUCCCUAUCCACGGAUCCCGGACCGAUCGCGCGACGCCCCGUCCACGAGCACCACGACACCGAUGACUCCCACCACCACCACCACCACCACCACCACAACAACAACAACACGACCAUCGACGCCAUCGUCUUCACAGUCCCCAUGUGCGCCGUCACCAUCCAGACCUACCACAUGGCGCGUAUCCUGCUGCUGAGCAACAUGCCGCAGGAGGCCACCGCCAUUCGGUCGACGGUGACCGCCCGCCUGCACAACUACCGGCGCAUCGCGGGCGAGGUGGUGCGCCAUGCCCGCGAGGUCUGCGGCAUCAGUCUGGCCGGGCUGCCGGAUGCCGUGCUCCCGCACACAGUGCAGCCGCUGUUCGUGGCGGGCCAGUGCUUCGAGGGGGUGCCCGAGCGGCGGUUGGUGGUGGACCUGUUGCGACGGGUUGAGUGCGAGACGGCGUGGGCGACUGAGUAUCGCGUGCAGGAUUUGCGGCGGCAGUGGGCGGCGGGGGGAGCGCUGGUGAUGGACACCGGCAUCAUCGGAUCAGUCGUCGUCAUGGACCAGUUCACACAGAAAUUCGGCUCCUUCUCAUCCAUCGUUCACGGACUCGUCGUCUCCGCCAUCUUGAUCCCCGCCGCUUUCUCCUCGUUCUUCGGCGGCAAACUAGCUGAUUGGAUCGGACGACCCAGGGCCAUCAGUCUGGGGGGUCUUAUCUUCGGGGUCGGGGCGGCCAUCGAAGCGGGCGCCGUGCAUCUGGCCAUGUUCAUUGUCGGUCGUGUCGUGGAGGGGCUCGGGGAGGGUCUGUAUCUGGGGACGUUAGUCGUAUACAUCUGCGAGAUCUCGCCUCCGAAGCAGCGAGGCCCGCUGACCACUGGCCCGCAGCUGUUCGUCACUAUGGGCCUCGUCGUCGGCUUCUUCACCUGCUACGGUUGCGAGCGUCUGUCCUCUUCCAUGGCGUGGCGUACCCCCUUUACCCUUCUGGCCGGCUUCUCCGCCCUUUUUGGCCUCGCGGCGUUCUUGUGGUUGCCCGAGUCCCCGCGGUGGCUUACCCUGCACAACCGCUCCGACGAGGCGACGCGCGCCUGGGAGUAUCUCCAAGUCAGCCCGGCGGAUCGGGAGGAGCUAAGCGAGGAAGACGACGACGAGGUCCACGAAGAGGCCGUCACGCACCCGCUGGCGCCGACGGGCAGCACUCUGGCCCCGAAUACCCUUGAACAAGUCCUCUCGCGCCGCAGCGAGAGAUCGAUCCCUAAGAAGGGUGGCCACGAGACCAGCCUAUUCGACGCAUUCAAACCGGACGUGCGCAACCGGACGCUCUUGGGUCUGUUCCUGAUGUCCAUGCAGCAGCUUGCCGGCAUUGACGGGGUCCUUUACUACGCCCCGCUCCUCUUCGAACAAGCAGGCAUGACGUCCGACCAAGCCAGCUUCCUCGCCUCCGGCGUGUCGGGGAUCGUCAUCUUCGCCGUGACGAUCCCCGCCCUCAUCUGCGCCGACAGCUGGGGCCGGCGCCACAACGUCAUCCUCGGCGGCCUGGGGCUGACGGUCACCAUGCUGGUGAUCGGCGCGCUGUACGCCGCUGACGCCGUCCACGAGUCCACAGGCGCCGGCCGCUGGGUCGUCAUCGUCGCCAUCUAUCUGUUUGCGGCCAUCUACAGCGUCUCCUGGGCUGUCAGCUGCAAGGUCUACGCCGCCGAGAUCCAGCCCCAGCGCACCCGCGCCUCGGCCACCUGUCUCGCGCACGGCGCCAACUGGAUCUCAAACUUCUUUGUGGCCUUAAUCACCCCCGUGCUCCUGGCGAAGAGUAGCUGCGCAGCGUACUUUUUGUUCGGGGGGUGUACACUCGUCACUGCGGCGGUUUGCUGGGUGUGGAUGCCGGAAACGAAGGGGAAGUCGCUGGAGGAGGUGGAGCGGUCGUUUGUAAGGGGAAAGGAGGGUUGA